AUGGCCUCAUUCCCUAAUAACAUCGCAAUCAGCACCCCCUGCCUAGGCCAGAACCCCGCCCACAAAUUAGACGACAAGAUCCGCGCCGCGGCGCAACAAGGCUUUCAGGGCCUGGAAAUCGUUUACGCCGAUCUCAACGGCUACAGUAGAGCCCACAGCCUCCCCAUUCUCACUGGCGCGAAGCAAAUUCGCCAGUUAGCCGAUGAUCUAGGCGUGGUUCUCAUUUCGCUCGCCCCGUUAGAGAACUUCGAAGGCGCAAAGACUCCGCUGAAGGAGCGCCUCGCUGUCGCCGCGCACUGGCUUGAUCUUGCCCGCGUUCUUGGCGCAUCGUACCUCCAGAUCCCGUCGCAGUAUGACGCUGACAGUAUCGGCGACGAAGCUGUGAUUGUCUCGGAGAUGCAGCAGCUUGCGGACCUAGCUAGCUCCUCGUCGCCUGUUGUCAGCAUUGCCUAUGAGCCGCUGUCAUGGGGUGUCUGGUACUCGACAUGGGAUGACGCGCUGAGGCUCACGCAGCUGGUGGACAGGGACAAUUUCGGAUUAUGUCUGGAUACAUUCCAUGAGAUUACAAAGUUCUGGGCGAAUCCGUUCUUGGAAACAGGUGUUUGUCCGGACGGUGCUGAGGAAUUGGCUGCCUCGCUGCGUCGCUUCGUAGAGCAGGCUCCUAUCAGCAAGAUCUUCUACGUGCAAUUGUCCGAUGCAGAGCGGUUCAAUCCACCUUUCUCGAAGAGUCACCCUUGGUAUAUUGAGGGCGAGCCGGCGGAAUUCACAUGGUCGAAGCAUGCACGGCCUUUCCCGUUGGAAAGGGAGUUCGGAGGCUAUACGCCUGUAACGGAUGUCGUAAGGGCCUGGAUUGUUGACAGCGGUUUUAAGGGAUGGGUGUCGAUGGAAAUCUUCGAUCGACGGAUGCGAGAUGAGGCGUAUGCGAUUGAUACUGCGGCGAGGAGGGCCUGGAAGUCAUGGGAGAAGGUCCAGGCUGAGUUUAAAAGGCAGAAGGCAUGA